AUGUUUCCGAAAGGAGCCCAUACCAUUGCCAUAUCCGUAGAGAUGGGAGUCAUCGGGUACAAGAGAGUCGUUGGCGGUGGUGGCUUAGCCAAAGCACAAUCGCCCGAUAACGCGAAAUGGUCUUUUUGCCCGGUUUUCUUCCCGCAAGAGACUAAGGAGCGAAAGGAAGGAAGACGCAGAACGCCUCGUAAAGUAAAGAAGACCGAGCCGAGGGAAGAAAUCGUCCAACGACAGUUCGGCGAUCUCCUCCCCUUCUCAUACUCUCCCUACGGCGCGUGGGAGAGCCGUGGAAAGCGUGUGCCCGCCCGUCCUAACGCAAGCCUCCCAUUACCAGAUCUACGGAUCCGCGGCGCGGGGGCUUGUCAUCGCGGCGGUGAUCGGGACACCAAGGCUUGCGGUACCAUGGCACUUGGAUGGGCGGAUGGUGACACGAACGUGCCCCCGUCCCAUUCGAAAACCUGGAAAGCCACACAAGAAGCCUCGAGCCUUCAAGCCUCACUACGAAUGCCCCAAGCUCCAAACCUUGAGUUCAAGCAAACGCGCCAACGAAACACCUUCUUGAAGCGUACAAGCUCGAGGAAUACCAAGCCAUGGCGGAAAGAAAGCCACACCCAAAUGAAGGUGAUCGAGCAGGACACCACGAGACCACAUUACCCCUCCUUGAUGGAAAUUGCCGUCGCGGAUCCGCAUCUCGAUAAUCGCGAUUGUCGCCGGCUAGCCAAGAGGCCUUCAGCUUGCCCAGACACAACUCAAAAUGUUUCCCAUGGUGCCAUGGUGCCAUGGCACAUUACCUACCCAGAGCCGGGCUCGCGCGUCGGCAAAGGAGAUCGCACCAAUAUUACGCCUCAAGUCUUGGAUUACUUGUUUGUUCCGCACCACAAUGCGGAACCGAACGAGCUGAAUGCCGAGCUGAAUGCCGAUCAGGGUGUACGAAGAGGUGUCACAAUCUGGGCAAAACUGAAGACACAACGUUCCACCUGUGGCUUUCCUUGUGCGACCACACACUUUACCAAUGACGCUGUCAAGACCACUCGCACCGGAAAUCCCCAACGUUCGUUGGGCCUCACUCACCCCAUCCCUCUCCUCGAUUGCCCGAGAAGCCGUAAGCAAGCAAAUUCGGAACGAAAACGAGGGUGCGCUCUUCUCGGGUUCCUGAUGGAGAACAUGUUGACGUUGUUGGUCUACGUCUUUGUCUGCCCACCCAACUCCGGGGAGGGGACUGGACCGGACCCAUAUUCCGCGGCGAAGCACGGAGGCUUCGGGGAAAGCUCUUGGGUUCCGGCAUUUAUUUGUCUUACUGUUACACAAAGACCAGCUCAGUCAGUUCUGCAGGCUGACAUACGUUCCUGUCUCGCUUGCUGCCUUGCCAUGCUGUGUCACCGCGCCACCGUCAGCAACAACGUCGCAGAUUGCUGA